AUGAAUAAAUUCAGAUCCACGCUUCUAUUUGCACUUUUUGUAUACGCAGUAUUGAGUGUCGCACUAUAUGAAACCGCAAAUGCCUUAGCUAUUAAACGACAAACACCAAACUGUGGCGAGCUUAAAAUAACCAGCCCUAAAGCGGGCCAAACAUGCAAAAAAGGUGAUGAAAUCACCGUAGAAGUAUCAUGUGGCUCUUCGGGAGUUACCAAAAUCGCUUCACUAGACAUAUACAGCCCUAAAGGUGCUAUAAAAUUUGCGUGGUCUGGUUCUCUCCCUUGCACCGGCGGAAAAGCGAGUCAAAAACUUAAAUUGGAUAUUCCCGAUGGUGCUGAUGUAAAAUACGGUACCGGAAGUGAUGCGACUGGAUUCAUGAUUAGGGCUUGGGGAGCUGUUGGCGAUAAUGGACCACAUUGUACGGCAAUGAGUGACCAAUUUCACAUUGACGACACCAAAACAUCAAGCAAAAAGAAGAAAAAUUCAUAG